UGUGGGCAACCUCAGACAGGUAGAGGAGACGAACUGCACCGUGGUUGGACUCGAUCGUGCAGGACUGGGUUGGGCUGCAGGACGAGCAGCGGUGGACGCUGUGCACGCUCGGUGCGCGGAGUCUCCUGCGGCUGCUGGAUUCACAGUAUGAUACCAGAUCCAAAACAUGGUUUGGCUGAUUCUCCCAUCCUGAGCCUUCGCACACAUGCUGGACACUUAAAUGUGGACGCGGGGAGGACGAGGGACGUAGGCUAUAGCUGCAAUGGAUUAAUGAGGUGUACACAUGGACUUCGGGUUUUUUCCCCCUGAGAUUAUUCCCUGCUAAUAUAUAUUUAUCACCGUGUCUUGGCCAUGGAGAACCAAGCAGCCGAGCCGCAGAACUAUGAAGACGUGCAGAAAAGCGGCUAUCUCCGCAAGCAUAAAUCAAUGCACCGGCGGUUCUUCGUGCUGAGGGCGGCCUCGGAGCAUGGUCCUGCUCGACUUGAGUAUUACGAGAACGAGAAGAAAUUCCGCAGUAAAUCACCCGUGCCCAAAAAAGUCCUGAGCCUGGAGACUUGCUUCAACAUCAACAAGCGGGCAGAUUCCAAGAACAAGCACAUGAUAGUGCUUUACACCCGCAGCGAGAGCUUUGCCAUCGCUGCGGACAGCGAGGAGGUCCAAGAUGAGUGGUACCAAGCAAUGCUGGACCUCCAGGGCAACUGUAAAACUCCUGAAGACUAUGGCAGUAGUGGAGAGUGUAGCUCUCCGUCUCCUGUUCCAACUGUCAAGGAAGUAUGGCAGGUCAAGGUUUGGCCUAAAGGUCUUGGGCAUGCCAGGAACUUAGUGGGCAUCUACCGGCUGUGCCUCACUGACAAGACAGUCAACUUUGUCAAACUCAACUCUGAUGUGGCAUCCGUGGUGUUGCAGCUGAUGAAUGUUCGCAGGUGUGGCCAUUCAGAGAAUUUUUUCUUCAUUGAGGUGGGCCGCUCCGCGAUUACCGGCCCUGGAGAGUUCUGGAUGCAGGUGGAUGACUCUGUGGUGGCUCAGAACAUGCACGAGACCCUGCUGGAGGCCAUGAAGGCCCUGAGUGAGGAGUUCCGUCAACGCAGUAAAUCUCAGUCUGUGGGGACGUCGUGUGGGGGUGGUACCGCUUCAAACCCCAUCAGCGUCCCGAGCCGUCGGCAUCAUCCAAAUCUGCCACCGAGCCAGGUGGGCUUAUCCAGACGAGCCCGCACAGAGACCCCUGGAACGGGAGGCAGCAGCACGAGCACUUCGCCUACAUCACGCCACGGAUUCCCGAGGGCACGGACUGCCAGCAUCGGGGCCAGGUCAGAGGAGGGCGGAGCAAGUGCCAAAGGGACAUGGGCCAGCUCCAGCCCAAGUCUUAACGGUUCCUGCUCAACUACGCCGACACUGAGGCCCAAGCCCACCAGGGCCCCAACUCCUGCUAAGAUUACCCUCAGCCUUGCGCGGUACACGCCUAAUCCUGCUCCCUCUCCUGCACCGAGUCUGUCCUCCAGCUCUGGCCAUGGCUCAGAGUGUGGCCUAGUGGGGGCAGCAGUAGGAGGAAUGACGAUCUGCUCCUACCCUCGAGUCUCUCAGAGAGUUUCUAUGUCAGGUUCGCCGAGCGACUACGGCUCCUCAGAUGAAUAUGGCUCCAGUCCUGGGGAACACUCUCUGCUCGUACCCAGUCUGUCCGGACAUCACGUACAUGGGGAAGGCUCCUCCAGCUAUAUAGUGAUGGGACAGCGAGAGGGCCUCCUCGGUUCCCAUCAUCGCUCAAAAGGUCGACGGAUUUUGCGCAGCUCGUCCAGUAGGGAGUCUGAGGCAGAACGCAGACUAUUAAGUAAAAGGGCUUCUCUGCCUUUGGCACCCCAUGAACGACUGAUCCCACGUAGAAAAGAUGAAGAUGAUGAAGACGAUGAAGAAUAUGCCAUCAUGUCGCAGAGUGCUAAUCGAGAGAGGGCUGGCUCAGGGGGUUUGCUGGCUGGGGGUGGGCAGCUUGACGCAGGAGGGAAAAAAAGAGGCAAGAGGGCUGACAAAAGCAGGCGAGAAGUGGAAGGUGGAGCAGCUGUGGAUAGCGGCUAUAUGUCAAUGUUGCCGGGAGUCACUUCUCCCGUUUCACUCUCUCUCUCCAUAGGUAUGGCUGACGCCAGAGCUAAACCUGGGGCAGAUGAUGAGUAUAUGUCCAUGACCCCCAACAACAGUGUUUCCCCCCCUCAGCACAGCCGCCAGCCCAGCACAGAGGGCUACAUGGUCAUGUCUCCCAACAGCAGCAGCUCCACGGACCUGCACGGACUGGGCAUGUGGGACAGCAGGGCCAGCAUGGAGAGCCGGGCUGCCAGUGACUACAUGAACAUCUCACCUGACUGCAGCCGCUCUGCCUGCAGCACACCGCCUUCCCACCCCGAACAGCACCAACUGCAACCAAAAAUGUUCAAUUCCUACUUCUCCCUGCCAAGAGCUUAUCAACAUACUCUCUAUUCUCGCUUUGAGGAGGACUUAAGCAAAGGGGAGGGAAAUAAGGACAGCAGUGGGCACGACAGUGCUGGAAGGGGAGGGGGAGUGGGAUACAGCAAGAGAAACAAAAUUGCAGCGGGCUCUGCAGGAGGCUGUCAACUCUCCAUGUCUUCCUCUUCCUUCUCCUCCAGCUCAGCCAGCAGUGAGAGCCUGGAAGACAAGUCCAUAUCGGCAGGGAGAGGGUUGAGUUUAGUAAGGACUGGAGCAGAGUACAAGUUUGUGGGAACAUGCACAAAAGAUGGGCGCCAUCAUCAAAAACGUGGAUCAAGUAGUAAGAGCCCAAAGCAACAAAGGAGGGGUCGUCCCCUCAGCAUGUCUUCAGACAUUAUUAAAGCAAAUACCCUUCCCAGGGUGAAGGAGAAUCUGCUGCCAUCCGUGUCACAAAAUGUCGGUGAGUAUGUCAGUAUUGUGUACAAGGAGGACAAUAAGUAUAGCAGAGGAAGACGUUCAGGUUCUGAACGCAGACAACCUGUGAUCCAUGGAACCCUCCGGCCUUUGAAUCAACCCCUCCUCUGCCACGAUAAUCCUGCUAUCCUUCCUCGCAGCUUCUCCGCUCCGCUGUCCACCUCCGCCGAAUACGUCAGCAUGGAUUUAGGAAAGUCCUCGACGCCCCUGACUCCUGUUAGAUCCACAUUCAGCACCCUACAGGGCCCACCAGCUGUUGCCCCCAAGGCCCGGCGUGAACACAGCACGUCCUCUCUUCCGGCAGCGGAGGGCAAUGCUGGGUACAGAGCAAAAGUAAAGAUGGCAGCAAUGCCAACAGACGCCCCUACUCCAUUCAUAGACAACAAAGGUUCAGAUCCCAGCAUUUCAGCAAGACCUGCCAUCCACCUUGGUCAACCCUCAUCCAUGGAGCGUGAGACAGGCUCGGGUUUCUCCCCAGUCAAGUCCUACCAGUCUCCCGAGCGGAGCGGCAGAUUGGUCCGAGGUGACUCGCAGGGACGGCAGAGCCACCGUUCAGAGACAUUUAGCUCACCUCCCUCCCACCCACGCCACCCGCCCUCUUCUACCUCCAUCUUCCCGGAGGGCAGCCAGGCGGCGAGCCAUCGGCAUGGUUUGGAUUGCUCACUGUGGGAGAACAGGCAGGCGGCUAGUUUAUCUGCAACACCUCCGCCACAAGCCUCCACCUCAUCUGCUGAACAAGGCCUUAACUAUAUUGACCUUGACCUGGCCAUUAAGGAGAACCCUCAAACCGGAGUGGAGCGCGCCUCUGCCGCCUACAACAUCGGAGGGAGCGCCAUGGGCAGCGGUGCUGUCUCCGGCCUCAACACGUAUGCCAGUAUUGAUUUCUAUAAGUCAGAAGAACUGAGAGCACACCAGAACAGCAGGAAAGAUGGUCAAGAUUGUUGAUCUCCACAAGUCUGUGAGGGGACGGUCGGCUGCUGAUCUGUUGCCACAACACAACUGAACACUGAAAACCCUGGAAAACUCAUCCCCAUCCUGUUGGCUGUUUUCUGUCAACCAAAUGUGUGCCACACACACACACACGCACACACAGAUAAGGGAAAAGGUUUUGUUUUUGCCUUGAUUCAAACAAAAAUGACAUUUGAUCACCUUUUAGUUCAAUGCAGAUAAAGGAUGACAAUUUGAUAUGUGAUUGUGGGCGACUUCUCAGGUGGCCGUUCUGGCAAUAAAAAUGUCCAUCUGUACAUCUUAAUUUAAAACACACUGUGAUUGGUGCAUGAGCCAAUCUUUUCAACUAUUGUAAAUCAAUCUCAGCUGCACUCUGGAGUGUUUAUUUAUUCAGUGCCAAACUUGAGGUUCAUGUUUUUAUAUAUCAUCCUUUGUCCAUGUGUAUUAAGUUAAAUGAUCAUCAGGUGUCAUUUUGACGGAAAAAGGAAGGAAAUACAGAUUGGCAGAGGUUUCAUACACUCACUGUCAACAUAUUUGAUUUAUUACAUACAGUUGCCCAAAAAAAGCCUUUAUACUUCGUGACCACUUUUCUUGUGCUAUAGUGCCUAAUUUCUGAGGUAUAAUUAAGUGUAUGGAAUUGACAAUGAAAUUAUGAUAUACAAAUGAAAUUUCGAUACGAUAAUUAUGUCUUUCAUUCAUUUCAGUUUUUCACACGAGAAGAAAUUGGUUGGGAAAAAAUCCCACACAUCGUAUGCAAUCUUUAUGAAAUACACACAAGUGUAAAUGUGUAUUAUUAAAUAGGAUAUCGUAGGAUUACAAUUUCAUUUUCGCACCGCAAUCGACAACCCAUUGUUGUACUCGGAGCUUGAGGUUGCGGUUGAAGGAUGAGAACAAUGGCUUUCUUUUUAUUCUUUCAAAAUUGUCAUAAUGUAAUUCAGUGUUUUCCUACACAGAACACACAGAAGUUUUAUCCCUAAAGCUUUCGAUGUGCACUCACACAGGAUAGGUGUUUAUACAGCCCCAGCUUUGAUUAUGCACAAACUAAUCACGUCCUGUGGCUCAUCCUCAAAUGCUGCAGGUAUUAGUAGUCAAUGUAUUUCAAUUGUAUUUGGGAUAUUUGGCGAAUUCAUUUAUACGGCGGGGAGUUUAAGGAUUGAAAGGAAUGUUAACCGAUCAUCUGUCGGCUCAGUGGGCAUUCUGUCCUUUUUAUAGAAUUUCUCCCCCAUGUUAAUUAUACAAUUAUUGUUUUUAUCUCAAAAUACAAGUGACCAUAUUUACAUACACACUAACACUUCAAACCUUCUGUAACUGCAUUUAACAGAAAAACAAUCAUUUCAUUGGAUCAAAGCAGGUGCAUAGAUAAACAACAAUGUUAUUUAUUCAAUAAUCACACUAUGCAACAUUGCAUAAAAAUGGCCGAAUUAACAUAAUGUUCUUCUGCUGUGCAUGUAAACAACUUCAUCAAAUUGGCUUCAAACGCGCAGUAAGGACAAUAAUUAGAUUGUAUGUAUGUAAAUGUCCUCACUGAGAUGUGCUGAGGGGACCUGAUAACAGACUUGUUUGGGAAGGAAGCUGAAUUUUGAAAAGAAAACAUUUUUAAACAGCUUAGGGGGUUGAGUCUUAUUUCUAAUUUUAUGAAAAAUUACAAUCUCACUCCCUACAUAUCUCUACAUUUGACUAUAAUAUGUGUAUUUUUAGCAACCAUAACAAAAUGGUGAAUACUCUUUAUUACUCCACUCUUUAUUUAUUACACCAAGAAGAAAAAUAUGCUCAAAAUGCCCAUAUUUGAAGUCGUACAUGUACUUAUUAUAGGAUACAUUUGACUAGAUAAUAAACAAUUUUCAAACGACUGUAUCAUUGACAGUAUAAGAUAAUGUAGCACUUUGAGUUGACACAGACCAAAUAAGAUCUCAAAUUAUGGCAUUUUAACCAUUUUGUAGCACAAAAAAAGUGAAAAAGGUCACCUUUUUGGCAACCGAGCUUUAUUAUAACUGUAUAUUAUACUAUACUACAGUGUACACAAGUAGAAUGACAGAAACUAUAGUACAUGCUGUAGUCUGUUUUCCUCAUUUUCAUAACAGUUCUAAUUCUAAUAUAAAGUGACACAUUACAAUGGUAUAUAAAAUAUACAGUACACAUAUAAUGAUUAAUACUAUAUAGCCUAGAUAACUAUAUACUCUUUUAUAAAGUGCCUCAUUUUUGAUUGUAGCUGUUUUUACACAGGUAAUCUUAAAAUGGGAAAAAAAAAAGUGUUGUUUCUCUCCUGAGUCUAAAUUGUGAAUAUGUUGAACUUAACAGAAGACAGACCGGACACUUAUAUUGAUAUCAGUCAGCCAUAAUCAAAUUGCCUUACUGUGUUUAUCAGAAACAUGAAGAGAAGAAAAACAGAAGUUAUUUUUUUUUUUUUUGCAGUGCCUAACAAUUCAGCCACAAUGUAAGCACUCCAUCGCUCUUUAGUUUGGCUUCGUCGCGCUACGGUUUGGCCAAAAAGAAACCAUCUCUUUUUCACACCCUGGGAUGCAUCCACUUCAGGCCCUGCUUUACAUUUUCAUCUUGAACUGUCCACUACCAAGCAGCCACUUGCUCAGUGUAGAAGCUGACGGCCUGUUGCAGUUGGGACAUUCCAUCUGAACAGUGGACACUGUGCAGCCGAUAGGUUGCGGAGAGAAAAUGUAACAAAUGCAUCUUGUACAGGAGGAUUCUGCAUUGUAUAGAUUUUGAUGUCAAAUCAUAUUUUUAAUGACUUUCCCUGUUUUUACUCCCAAGAAGAAAUGAAUGCAGUUGCCAGUGUCAUGUAUAUAUAAUAAGUUGUCCACUUCUUACUCGAUAUAACAGAGAAAAUGAAAUUUGUUCUCCAAUUCACAUGCAGUAUGUUUUUGAAGUCCUCAGAGCAGCCAGUACUGGUGUCUGACUGCUGAGCGCGGCUAAAACACUACUAACACGCUCGAGUACUGCUCUUAUUUGGAUGUGGAUUAUCUGGACGUGGAUUCCGUUCGCAGAAGGUGUGACUCGUGCUACUGCUCUCUCCUUUUUGUCUCUACGCUCAAACACUGGGACUUGGUUGAAGCUAUGAGACCGUGCCAUUCCUGCUCACGUUUACGACUUCCUCAUUUAUUCCAUUGAUAACAGUCUGCUGCUGUCAAACAAAUUGCCAAAAAAGUCUGACAACAAUUCAAAAGUCUACUCUAAAGAGAAUCAGCCAUAGAGCUGAUUUGAAUAAAAACAAAAAAAAAAUCCCUUUUUCACUUGGACAGCCACUGGGCCAAAAGAUAAGUUAAGUGUUUUUGUGACUUAUGGUUUAUGGCUGGUUACUGUAUCCAAAGCCGCUGGUGGAGAGUUGGCCAUGGUGUGACAUUAGCGAUACUGUAUAUUGAAUCAGGACGUGUUGGUAUGCAACUAAAUAGUCUAAUGGACAUGGUGCUGCAGUGCUAAACGCAUUGCAUUGGCCAACUCUUUCACGCAGGGCUCUGGCUGUGUGUGUAUACAGGGUACAAACGAAGAAGGCUUUCUUGAUGUAUUGUUGAGACUGGUAGCUUUUCCCACAUUUAGAUUUAGAGUUUUUAUUUCACUAACCAAAUAAUGUUGACCCUGUGGCAGAUAUUAAACGCUGAGCUGCACCCUGCAAGCUGAUACACAUAAAAUACAAAUUUGAGUGUUUUUAAUCCUGGAGGUAAAAAGGUUGAGAUAUUUACUCUGAGCCGGCCCUCAACUCACAUCUGAGAGGACACUCGAGUGCCUGGCCGUGAUUACUGGUUCCUGGUCAUUAAUCAGUUGUGUUUGAGUUAUCUUAACGCGUAGAUAGAAAUUCAAACCAGCUCCUGGGGAAAAAAAAACAAGUCUUCCACACAUUUCUUUAGUCUUCAAUUCAACACCUGUACAACAUUUCCUCUGCAAAGGAUGCGUUUCUGGUGCCAAAGUUGUAUGUGUCUGGUGAUCUCUGAGCUUUCUCACCUGUGACCCGUGACACAAAUACGAAGUUUAAUUUGUUUGUUUUUUACAAAUUCGUCAGGCACUUAUCAGUCACUGUUUCUAAUCCUAUGAAGUAAAAUCUAUGUGUUGAUUGAGCACAGCCCACUACUGCCAACAGUUUGUGUUCAACACUGAGAACUUUAUUGCCAAACUCUUGUAUAACAGGUCCAUACAACUACGUGGACUAGUUCCACUUUUAUAACUCUUUUGUUGAAGUGACCUUUUAUAAUCUCUUUGUUAUUCCUUCAGUGUAACUCUUCUUAUUGGGGAUUACUGAGAUUCUCUGACUGUACCUCAUAAUCUCAAUUUCGGGCAGACGUAACAGUUGGCAGUAAAGCCCCUUGGAGAGUUUGUGAAGGGUUCAGGACAUGACUGACGUCAAAUAGGAGGAACGCAUGAAUAAAAGCUGUGGAUUUGGGUUAAUAUCAUUUCAUGUAUUGUGUAUUCAAAACUAAAGGGAAACGAAAGUGUAUCCAAUCUCAUGACACUCGGAUGGAAACGCUUCUCAUGUACAAAACAUCACAAUUCUGCCAAGUGUUAAAUGAAAUGCAGAGACUUGUGUUGUCUCUUCACAAAAAUGUGUGACAUGUUGAAAAUCAGACUCUAACUGUGGGAAAUGAUACUGUAUGUACAAUCAGGAUAGCGAUUAUAAUUACAAUGGAAAGAACAUUGUAUGUAUUUUAAAGCUAUUGAUACUACUUUGAUAAAAUGCAAAAACGACUGAACAGGAACUAUAGGUAUGUAAAGUAUACUGUGUAUAGAGGAGUUUGCUCCAGGGGAGGGAUGGGCAUGGGGUUCAUUCUGUUCAUGGCAAAAUUGUUUAAAACAGAAUAUUGAUGAUUCUUGUCUGUGAUGUAGACAACGUCAAUGUUGUUGUUUUUUUAUAUAAAAGGCAAAGUGAUUUGAAAA